AUGGAGAUAGGACCUUAGCUGAAACGCUUGCCGACCACGAAGGACUCAAAGCUAGUUAUAUGGCUUAUAUGCAGUGGCUGAAGACACAUAGGGUAGACAAAGAUGAGAAAAGAUUACCAGGACUUCAAUAUACGCCAAAGCAAUUAUUUUUCCUAAAUAAUGCAAUUGACUUUUGCAGCAAACUGAGAAGAAAAGAAAGAAUAUCAGUUGCCAGAUAUUCAAAUUAUCCUGUGAGAAGUAUAAGAAUAAACUUUCAAAUGCAGAACAGCAAAGAAUUUGCAGAGGCAUGGAACUGUCCAGUUGGAUCCUUCAUGAAUCCGGGAAAUAAAUGCAAUGUAUAUUGAAAAAC